AUAGACAACAGAGAGGAGCGCCUGUUCAUGUUUAAAAGUUUUUUAUCGGAAGUAGAGAUGAGUGACUGAAAACCAUUUGGAAAAUUUUUGAGCCAAAGAGCCGACCCAAACCAAAGGAAUCACCGGAUUUAUAUUAAAAGUAAAAAUAUCAGAAAGAAUAAGAAGAAGAAGAAGAAGAACAAGAUCCACGAAUGCGAUAGCUUCUGAAUAAUAGCUCGUAAUUCAAAAUGACAGUGGUUAAUUUUCGAAUUUGCAAUUUAACGUCCGUGGAAAUGUGCCCGUACGUUAACUGCAUAGCAAGAUCUACUAUACUCCACCGAAUAGAAGAGAAGCAUAAAGAAAGAGAGAGAGUUUAUUCGUGGCUUAAAAGUGAGGUCAAGAUAAACUCAGAAGUAACUACAACACCGCAGAGAUAAAUUAACUUGAGUUCGCUUCAAUUGUUAUCAAAUUUAUUUAUUCAUCUAAUUAUAAUUUCCAACUGACGUUGUCUUCACAAGCUUUUGAUUUAAAUCCAGUCUUAUUACUUCUUACAAUUGCGAGGAAUUAUUAUUAGACAGCGAAUGAAUAAAUUUAAUAAAUAAAGACAAUGAAGCUGGGACAUACUAUUGAAGAUUCUCGCGAGAAGUAUCCAGAGCUCACAAAAGAAAUCUUGGAUGAGCUACGUGUGUGGGCAGUAGCCAGAGGCAUAACGCAAGUACCUGAUGAAAAGUUAGCUCUAUUUGCUCACAGUUGUUACUUCGACCUGGAGGCUGCCAAGAAAUGUAUGACCGUUUACUACAAGCUCAGAGCAACAGUGCCUGAAUUUUUCAGCAAUCGUGAUCCUCUUGCCGACUAUCUGCAACAUUCAUUAAGAGCUCUACAAUUCGUAAGUCUUCCAAAACCAGACAAAAAUGGAAACCGGAUCAUCUUCCACCGGUUGGCAGAUAAUCGUCCAAACCAGUACAUGUUCAACGACGGAAUAAAGCUGCUGCAGAUGUCCGUUGAUGGAAGUCUGUACUACGAAGGUUGCACGCCUGGUUAUAUAUUUUUAUUUGACAUGCAGGGUGUUGGGCUAGGUCACUUGACCAGACUAUCAAUCACCAGCAUACGUAGAUUCUUUGAAUACCUGCAAGAAGGUCUUCCAGUAAGACUUAAAGGCAUACAUGUACUUAAUGCCGUGUGGUUCAUGGACAAGAUUCUCGCACUUAUUCGACCUUUCAUGAAGCGUGAGUUAUUUGACAACCUUCAUCUUUACACCGGCGAUGUUAAAGAAAUUUAUCAGCAUAUACCACCCGAAUGUUUGCCCAAAGACUUUGGAGGUCAAUUGGAUUCAUUAGAGACUCUUCAUGAGGAGCACUGUGAAAAGUUAUACGCGCUACGGGAUUACUUUUUAGAAGAAGAACGUCUCUUUCGUGGUUGGCAAACGCCCGAAAAAAAAUUAUCGCCUGGAGAUCUCGGUUCAGACCCGGAUAUUAUUCAUAAAAUUGAUAUCAAUAAUUGCAAUGACAGCAAUAAUUUUAAUGAAAAUGAUAAAUGAUAUUGAAAAUUGCAGACCCUAACAUUUUUUUAUUUUAAAUAAAAAUUUUCUAUAGCAUGUAAAUCCAGAAAUAAUUGAUAGAUUUAAUUUUAUGAACCUUAAAUGAGCCAGGCACUUUUUUAAUUUUCUUAAA